AUGUGGUCGACGUCUCUUCCCUACGCUGCUGCUCUAGCGGCAUCCCUGUUCAUUUACUUCAUCGCGUGGCCUCUGGUAGAGUAUAUCCGCGAUCCAAAAGGGCUGCGCAAAUUCCCCAACUUGUCGUUGUUCUCAGGAAUCAGCUCCGUUCCAAUGAUGGUCCUGGCCCAUACUGGCGCGAGGUCAGCGUAUUUGACGGAAAUGCACAAAAGAUAUCCUGUGAUCCGUGUCGCCCCCAACACCCUGUCGUACGGAGACGUCAGGGCCAUCAAGGAUAUCUACGGCCACAACACUCCCUGCAUCAAGGAUCCCUCCUAUGUGCUCUUCUCCGGCAGUCAUUUUCACCUUGCGGAUGUCAUAGAGCGCGACGACCACGGCCGCAAGCGCAAAAUCCUGUCGUCGGCUUAUGCGAUCAAGAACCUCGAGCAAUGGGAGCAUAAAGUCGCAGACAAGAUGAAUCGCAUCGUCAAGCAUUUCGACCAAUGCUGUACCGCGCCCCUACAGACCAGUGAGAAACUGCCAGUGCCGGAAGACGUCAACCUCGAUUUCCGCGCCUGGAUGAACUUCUUCAGCCUGGAUGCCAUUUCCGACAUUGGUCUUUCGGACUCGCUGGGCUUUCUCGACAAAGGAAAUUCGCGGACAGUCGCGCGUCGGACGAACGGGACGCGGUACGAGGCCGACAUGAGGGACUGCCUGUAUAAAAUGGCACACAAGCAAUCGCUCCUGAUCUGGCCGUAUGCGUGGUACCCGAUUCUCAACAAGAUCGCCGACAUUAUCCCGUUUUAUGGUCGAAUGGGUGCGCUACAUCGACAAUGGGAAGGAAUCCCGUUGGAACUCGCAUCUCGCCGUCUGGAGCGCUAUCAACGUGGUGAGAAGCUGGACGAUUUCUUCCAAGCACUCAUGGAGGACAAGAGCUCUCGUCCGAACAACCUCGAAUGGGGGGAGAUAGUAGCCGAGGUCAGCAUCAUGUUGAACGCCGGCUCAGUAACCACAGCCAUCGCCAUCACGAACGUCAUGUUCCAACUGCUCAAGAACCCAGAGUGUCUGCGAAAAGUCAGAGAGGAGAUUGAUGCCGCUCUGGACGCCGAUGAGAUUGAAGACUGCGCGUCCACGAGCGGGUAUUACGAAGAUGGGGUCAUCGCCUACGACCGUCUCAAACAUCUGCCCUACCUUCGUGCUUGCCUGGACGAAUCCCUACGCCUCUUCCCUCCCACGGUGCACGGAUUGCUGCGACUGACACCUCCAGAAGGCAUGAGGAUUGUUGACGAUUUCAUUGCAGGCGGCGUAUCGGUGAUGAUGUCCGCAUUGACUGCCCACCGUGAUCCCAACAUCUUCCCCAGCCCAGACAAAUACAUCCCCGAGCGCUGGUUGGGCGAACCGGGCAAGGCGCUCCAGCCAUAUUUCCUGGCCUUCAGCGCAGGUGCAAGAGGCUGCAUUGGGCGCAACAUUAGUUACCUGGAGCAGACGGUGGCGAUGGGGACAUUGCUGAGAAGAUACGACUUUGCCCUGAAAAGCCCGGACUGGGAGAUCGAGAGGCUGGAGACACUUAAUUGGAUCUUGGGUGAGAUGCCAGUCAAGAUUUGGAGGAGGAAGCGUGAGAGAGAGCUCUGA